CGAAGUGCUCACGAAGCGUGUCUAGCUUCCAACGAUAAAUAGUGGCGAUUUUCAUGACAGUGAAAAUUAAUAUCGCGCGCGUUCGAGUGAAUUGGGAAAGGAAUUUUCGACGCAAUUGUCAGCGUGAAUAUGUGCUAGCCGUGAAUGUCAGGCACAAUAAAUUUCUCCAGCGAUAAGAUCAACUUCCUAGUCUAUCGAUACCUACAGGGAUACGAGAACAGUUUUAUUUUCCUUUCACUUGCGCGGUGAGAACUUGUUACAGUUCCAACACGCCUCAUUCAUCGAUGAAUUAGCCAAAUUCGAUAGCAAAGUAUACCUAAUACUUUGAUGAUAUCAGAAUGCAAAAAAUUUAAUGAUGCAAAGCGUCUCUGAAUCGAGACUGCGAUUGUUGUAGUUGCAAGAAUUAUCAAUCCUUUGUGUCCUGGAUUGAAAUAGUGCUGAAAUACUACAUCUAUUACAAUUUAUUACAAUUUAUUACUAUUUAAUCUUUCAAAGAUAUUUUCUAUAUGAAAAUGUUGAUAUGCGAAGUCUGCAAUUGCACUGAUUUUUAUAAAGCGUCUGGUUAUUUCUUUUGCGCAACAUGUCAAACGCAAAGUCAGGAUAUCAGGGAAGAAGUAGAACUAGAACUGCCUAUAGAAAAUACUGUAAGAUUGCGGAAAACGAGAAUUCGUCGCAUAAGAAGUGACAAAACGGACAAGGAACUUGGAUGGACAUCUUGGGAACUAUAUAAUUUUGUCUUAAUAGGCUUAACAAAUGAACUUGUUGAACUUGGUGUAACAGCUGAUAUAAAAAUAACAGUGUUGGAACUAUGGGCAAGGUAUUUAGGAAAAUUGGAAGUAGCUUUUACAUCCACAAAAAGAAAACUAGUGCCGAAACUAGCCAGGAGUUACAAGAAAAGAGAUGCUGAAAUUAUAUAUGGCAAAAUUUUAUCACAAAAAAGAGCUAGAAAACGGAAAAAAACUAGUGUAACAGAUUCAACAGCUUCUACCUGUUUGAGCGAAGAAACUUCUUUGAGAGAAUUGAAUCGUAAUAAGAAACUUAUGAUUACUGCGGAUUAUGACAGAUUUGUACAGUCACAAGCAAGUUCUGAAAGAGAUACAUUCAGUACAUUUAGUCAAAGUGUACAUAGUGUGCAGUCUACUGCAAAACAAUCUUAUGAAAAUAGCAGAUUACAAUUUAAUUUUUCUGCUAAGGAAGAAGCAAAAAGAGUAAAAAAUUUGGCAAAAAAAAUACCAAAACACAAACGCAGCAAAUACAAGCGAAAUCAUGUAACAACUCAAUAUAAAACAGGACCAGAAUUAAUUACACCAGCAAAAUUAUGGGCAAUCUUGUAUUUAGCUUUAAGGAUUCAUAAUCAGGACAUACAUUUAGGAGAUAUGCUAAGAUACGGGAGAGAAGGGCAUUUAUCUUAUUACAAGUUGAAUCACUUGAUACCUCCUGAAGUAAUUUUAACAGGAAGUAAUAUAAAUUUUUUAUCACGGGUUACUGACAUAACACAUAAGGGUAUGAGACAAAUAAUAGGAAGAAUGGCGAAAUUUCUAGGAGUUGUGAAAAUAAUAUGUCCAGAUUUUUUAUCGAUUAUCAAUCGAUAUUGCAAUGAAUUAGAUCUACCAAGGGGUGUAUCGUUGUAUGCAGAAAGAUUAGUAGCUUUAGCUCCGCCAAAAAUGAAAUUUUACAAUAAAUCCUGCAUCCCCAAUUAUGAAGCUCGUGCCAUGGCAUUUAUUAUUGUGGUACUGAAAAUAUUAUUGGGUUUAGAUGGCAUUACAGAAUAUGAAAUGAGUAAUGUUGCUGAACGGAUUAAUGGUGUAAUCGCUGACGAAGGCAUUUGUGAUAUGAAACUAUUCAGUUUUCGAGAAUGGCAGAGAUACAUUGAAGGUAGAAAGGCUGUUUUAAUGAAUGUGCACUGUCCCACCAAAUUAAAAUACAGACCAAACAUUCCGGACGUUAAUAGCUCGUAUAUUAAAUUUUUGGAAUCUAUUGAUUCCAAAGUAGACAGAGAAGAGCCUGAGAUAACUACACAUAAACAUUUAAUAUCACGUGAACUUGUUGACGCAAUGAAACAGUGUAUCACCAAUAUAAGUUACAUUAAUUUACCAUUGAAUGAGGAAAAUAAAUUUCCUCCAUCGUUAACGCCCCAUCACUCGUAUCUUCAACAAUUGUUAGAACAUACGCUGCAUGAUGUUCCAAGCAUACUCCGAAAUGGCUUUUCUUCUACAAAAAUUGGAUAUAUGACAAAACCAGAAUUUAUUUACAAAUUAACUUCACAAUAUGAUAUACAAUUAGAUUUUGUUCAUUCAAAUUUGCAUUUCAUCGAAAAGACUGUAUCACUUUUUGAACAAACAAAAAUAUCCAGUGCAAAAAAUUUGGAUGAUGACAUUGCAGUACAAGAUUUUGUGGACAAAAGUAGUACAGAAGAUAUCGAGAGAAAUGAAGAUUUUGUUAAUUAUUUGGAUAGAAAAGGACCCUGUCAGCUUCAAAUAGAUAUGAAGAAAAGACAGUACUUUGACUAUAUGCAAAACAUAAUUACGGAUGUGAAAAGUGAUCCCCCAUCAGCAUGGUCUAAUGAAUUUAUAUUUGACGAAAUUCUUCCGGAUGGAAAAUUGUCGAUUUCAGACAAAGAUAAUAAUGAAGAUAGAGACAAUGAUACAUAUUUAAAAGACAUUGUUCCUGAAGAAACAAAAUUGUUACUCAAUAUUUGUAAAACAUACGCUAUAAAUCUUUCAGAUGCGGAAAAGAAAGGUACGUUUCAAGAUUUAAAUUGUACGAAACAACAGAAACGCAAACAUUUUAGAAAUGCGCAGGGUAAAUUUGUCAAACACAGUGCUAUCUCUACCAAUCAAGACAAAAAGCCAAACAAAGAUGAAUAUGAAAGGGAUGCUGAAUUGAUUUCAUCAGAAAAUCUUGAAACCAAAAAUUUAUUACCCGAGAUAUCUGACAUUUUAAAUUUGAGUAUUAAUGCAUCUGUCUUUGAUAAUCUCGAGAUAAGUGAAUAUAGUGUGAUUGAUCAAUCCAAAGAUUAUCAGAAAAUGUUCGAAUCAGCAAUUGAGGACUCUCUCUUUAACGUAUUGGAUAAAAAAUUGAAUAUUGAUUCAAAUAAAUCAAAUAAAAACAAUGUCCUUAGAUUGUUCACACCUUUCAAAAAUUAUUGGAUGUAUCAUUGCAACUUCAGCCGUGUAAAAUUAAAGAAUUUUGAAUUACUUGAGAAAAUGCUGCCACGGAGUUUUCGAUGGUUACUGAAUGAAUGCGCGACCAUUAUUGAAAUGUCAACAGAAGAUCUCUAUAGAGAAGUAUGCCUUGUUGAAGCUUAUCACGCCCAAGUCUCAAAGCAGCUUGAAACAUAUAUGUCAGAUGUAACGAGUACCGAAGAUUGCAACGACCAAACGUAUACCAAUGCAAUUUUAAGAGAAUGGUAGGGCAAAAUAAUGAUCUUGUCGAUUUAACUGAUACAAAUUACAAUCUGUGAUAUUAUAAUUGUAUAUAAUUAUGUAUGUUACAGUUAUGUAUCAUUAUUAAAAUUACGAUAUUUUUAUACACGA